AUGGAGUGCCUGUUCCCCACCCCGCCCGGGGAGGUCGACGGCAGUGACCUGCAGGACGGCUUCAUGAGCCCCAACCACAGCCUGCUGUCCCCUGACCUGCUCCUCAAUGUCAGCCACGGGGCCUUCCUGCCCCUCGGGCUCAAGGUCACCAUCGUGGGGCUCUACUUGGCUGUGUGUGUCGGGGGGCUGCUGGGGAACUGCCUCGUCAUGUAUGUCAUCCUCAGACACACCAAGAUGAAGACAGCUACCAACAUUUACAUCUUCAACCUGGCCCUGGCAGACACCUUGGUGUUGCUGACACUGCCCUUCCAGGGCACAGACGUGCUGCUGGGCUUCUGGCCAUUCGGGAACGCCCUGUGCAAGAUGGUCAUUGCCAUCGACUAUUACAACAUGUUCACCAGCACCUUCACGCUGACCGCCAUGAGCGUGGAUCGUUACGUAGCCAUCUGCCACCCCAUCCGCGCCCUCGAUGUCCGGACGUCCAGCAAGGCCCAGGCUGUCAAUGUGGCCAUCUGGGCCCUGGCCUCUGUCGUCGGCAUCCCGGUGGCCAUCAUGGGCUCGGCACAGGUUGAGGAUGAAGAGAUUGAGUGUCUGGUGGAGAUCCCCACCCCACAGGACUACUGGGGCCCCCUGUUUGCUGUCUGCGUCUUCCUCUUCUCCUUCCUCAUCCCCGUGCUCAUCAUCUCCGUCUGCUACAGCCUCAUGAUCCGGCGGCUGCGGGGUGUCCGCCUGCUCUCGGGCUCCCGAGAGAAGGACCGGAACCUGCGGCGCAUCACGCGGCUGGUGCUGGUGGUGGUGGCGGUGUUCGUGGGCUGCUGGGCGCCUGUCCAGGUCUUCGUGCUGGUCCAAGGACUGGGCGUGCAGCCGGGCAGUGAGACGGCGGUGGCCGUCCUACGUUUCUGCACGGCCCUCGGCUACGUCAACAGCUGCCUCAACCCCGUCCUCUACGCCUUCCUCGACGAGAACUUCAAGGCCUGCUUCCGCCGGUUCUGCUGCGCGUCCGCACCGCGCCGGGAGGGGCCGGGGUCGGACCGCGUGCGCAGCGCGGCCAGGGGUGCGGCCCUCGCCCGCAAGACCUCAGAGACGGUGCCGAGGCCGGCAUGACUAGGCGUGGACCUGCCCCUGGUGCCCGUCAGCCCGCAGAGCCCGUCUAC